AAUUAUUUGCUUUAUCUGCAGGUAAGAAUGUAUACACGAGUCUAUCCAACUAUAUUGCAUAAUAUCAAAUAUUGUAUUGUCAAGUCAUUUUCCAAUGACAUUGCGGCCAUAAAACUGAAACCACCGUCAACAAGAGACAAAAAAAGCCGCAUUGCAGACAAAGUUCGAAUAUAUGUGAGAGGUGGAAGUGGAGGGCAAGGUUCUCCAUCUUCUGGAGGUUUAGGUGGAAAGGGUGGCAGUGUUUUUAUUAAGUGUGUUAAGGGAGGUUCUCUUGCUCCUUUCACUUUACGCCAGAAUAGACGCAUUGUUGCAGGUCAUGGCGAACAUUAUAGAAAAAAUAUGUUUAAUUCAAAACCAGGGAAGGAUAAGUAUGUUAAUGUUCCUCCUGGUACAGAAGUUAGAACUGGGGAUAAUGAACUAAUGACAGACUUGAGUAAACCUAAUGAAGUUAUAAAAAUUGCAAAUGGUGGAUUUGGAGGAUCUGCAAAAACAAGUUUUUAUGGAACUAAAGGUGAACGAAAAAAUAUAAUAUUAGAGUUAAAGACAAUUGCAGAUGUUGCACUGACUGGAUUUCCAAAUGCUGGCAAAUCAUCUCUUCUCAGAGUUAUUUCCCGUGCUAGGCCGAAGGUUGGCCAUUAUCCUUUUACUACAAUUAACCCAAUGGUUGGAUCAAUUUUUUACAAUGAUUCAAGACAGAUAACUGUUGCAGAUCUCCCUGGUUUGAUAGAAGAUGCUCAUUUGAAUAAAGGAAUGGGACAUAAAUUUUUGAGGCAUAUUGAAAGAACAAAAGCAAUUGUUUUAGUUGUAGACGUUGAUGGUUUCCAAUUAAAGGAAGGUCACAAGUUUAGAUCUGCUUUGGAUACAAUUUUGUUACUGAUGAGAGAAUUGGUUUUGUACAAGGAUGUCUUACUCACAAGACCAUUUAUACUGGUUGUAAAUAAAAUGGAUACAUUGACUGCUGAAACAAAUUUAAAUCAGUUGCGUAGAGAAAUUGAAAGUUUGGAUCAAAGUCACAUGUUGUUAAGAGAUUCAGUUUAUGCAGAAGAUAUUCAAGAGCAUGUGACCAUGCUUGCAGAAAAUAAUUUUGAAAAUGUAAUCCCUAUUUCGGCUAAACAAGGACUUGGUAUUGAGUUAUUGCAGAAACAGCUAUAUAAUUUGUUGCCUAUUGAUGAUUGAAUACCUUUUGCUGAUAUUUGGCCUUUUUAUUAUUUUCUUUGUGUUGUGUGAAGUAAUCUGACAA